GUCGCAGUUUUAUAACACUAUCAGUUUUCGAGAAUUACUGACUGCAUCAGCAUCACAUUCUUUUAAAAAUGAACGUGUAUCUGUUUGCUGUGAUUUUGUUAGUGUGUGUUUUUACAAUUAACGCUGUUCCGAGAAAUAAAGAAUGCACCAGUGGUCAAACGAAAAAAAUUGACUGCAAUAACUGUUCUUGUGUAAAUGGGAAAUGGGUUUGCACUACGAAAAUAUGUUCGCCAAGACCUCAAUGUAUCUCUGGUCAGUACAAGAACGAGGGUUGCAGUAGCUGCAGAUGUAUAAAUGGUAAAUGGUCCUGUAUUAGCAAUUCAGGAAGAUGUCCUCCAUCUCAGCGAGCAAAGAGAGGUGUGCCUGGGGCUUCUGAACUAAAAAACACUCCCUGCGCUCCUAACGACUACUUUAAAAUUGACUGCAAUACUUGCUACUGUAAUAUCGAUAAGACUGGGUACCUCUGCACGGAGAACAUCUGUUCAUUUACCGAAUCUCCAUCAUCGCAGCCAACGUCAACAGCGAAAGCAGGAAAUGCCACAUCAAUCGACGAUGUGGCUGUACCACAAAUUCAAACAGUCAAUUUAAAUGCCACAGUUCUUGUUAUUGAAAAUGUUAACUCCACAGGACUUGCUAGUAAUAGUACUAACCAAUCAGAAAAUGAACCUUUAGUUAUUACCGAUAUUAAUUAUACUCAGACUUUUUAUAGCAAUUCUAGCAAUUUUUCAGAUACUGAUGCCGGUGGUACAAACAAAACCAUCAGUAUAACUCACUUAUUUAAAGCUUAUGAAUUUACUUGUACGCCUGGUCAAACGUUCAAGAAGGAUUGUAAUACGUGCACAUGUACUCAGGAUGGGAAAAAUGCCAUUUGUACACUGAAAAGAUGUAAUGUCGUCGCCAAUGUCACACAAUGAAGGUGAUAUAUAAGUUAUACUUAUACUUAGUUUUAGUACCUAAGAAUGUAUUUUAAUGUAAUUAGUUUAGGGAAUAGAAUAAAAAUAAAGCAUUUUAAAGAAA